AGGCAGUGUACGAGAAUUACAAAAUUACAAAUUAUCUGAUCAUUCUAAAAACGAAAACGAGUUUUGGACUUUCGACUUUAGCAACAGCAUUUGACAUGUUGUUGGCAAAAAACUCACCACUUCACACUGCAGUCUUGUACAGGAACUUUGACGUCCUAGAAAUAAGUAACGAAGAAAUAUUGGCGUGUAAAGACGAGGGUGGAAGAAGUGUUCUACAUUUGAUUUGCUCGUGGGGAAAAAGAUAUCCACGCCUAACAUUAACGAGUUCUAAAAUAAAUAAAACAUUUUCAAGUUAUAUUUCUACUUUGCCCAAAAAAAUGUCUUUUUCGAAAACGAUACCUAAUAUGAGACAUACCCUCGAUGACUGCGAUGAAGUUUCUAAAGGGGAAUUAGAAACAAAGGAAUAUUUAGAAGCAGUGCAACAUUUGUUGAAAAAAUGUAAUAUUUCAGAACCGGAUGGGUUAUUUAAAAUGACGCCGUUGUUAUUUGCUAGAGUCAGCGAAAGUUUAAGUGCGGAACUGGAAUUGUUACAGUCAGAAAAGUUUAAGCCAGAACAUCUUUAUAAUCAAUCUGAUAGAAUUAAUAUUUUGUUUUAUUCUAGUCUGUUCGGUUAUGAUAAUGCAAUUAAAAUUGUUUGUACUAAGCAAUUAAAUGGUUAUUACGAUGAAGUCAAUUUUAGUUGUCGGUCUGGUCUCACAGCCCUUAUGGUAGCGUCCGCAAAUGGCCACACAGCGAUAGUUGAACAUUUGUUGCAACUCGGGUCAAAAGUCAAUUGUGCUGAUGAAGAUGGCCAGACGCCUCUUUACGCAGCUUGCUCCAACGGCCAUGAAGAAAUUGUUGAAUGCUUAAUAAAAUGUGGAGCAGAUAUCAAUCGCGCUAAUAAUCAGCGUCGCACACCUCUUUACGCGGCUGCGAAAAAUGACCAUCACAAAAUUGUAGUAUGUCUAAUGAAACACGGGGCCAAAAUCAAUCACUCGGAUCAAUAUAAUCAGACACCACUUUACUUAGCUUCUUUCAAUGGCCACGAAAAAGUUGUUGAAUGUCUAGUGGAAUGCGGAGCCAAAAUCAACGGUUCUUCUGUUGAUGGCCAGACACCACUUCAUGCAGCUGCCUCGAACGGUUACGAAACCAUUGUCAGAUGUCUAGUGAAGCACGGGGCCGAAAUCAACAGCUCUGAUAAAUACGGUUGGACACCAAUUUACUCAGCUUCGUCAAAAGGCCACGAAAAAAUUGUCGAGUAUCUAACGAAAUGCGGAGCCGAAAUCAAUCGCCCUGAUGAUUACGGUGAGACACCACUUUACGCGGCUUCUUCCAACGGAAGCGAAAAAAUGGUCGAAUGUUUGGUGAAAUGCGGGGCCGAAAUUAAUCGCGUUCAUAACUAUGGUCGGACACCGCUUUACGCAGCGGCCUCAAACGGCCACGAAAAAACCGUCGAAUGUUUGGUCAAAUGUGGAGCCACAAUCAACAACGUUGAUAAUCAAGGUAGUACACCACUUUACGCAGCUUCUUCGAAUGGCCACAAAAAAACUGUCGAGUGUCUGGUGAAAUCCGGAGCCGAAGUUAAUCACCCUGAUAAUGCUCGCUCGCUACCGCUUCACAUAGCUUCCUGGAACGGUGACAAACAAAUUGUCGAAUGUCUAGUGACAUAUGGGUCUGAAAUCCAUCGCGCUGAUAAUGGUGGUAAGACACCGCUUCAUCUAGCUUCCUGCAACGGCGACGUAGGAACUGUCCAUUGCCUAGUGAAAUGUGGGGCCGAAAUCAAUCACUCUUCAAAAGAUGGUAAGACACCACUCCACAUGGCUUCAUCGGAAGGCCACGAAAAAACCGUUGAAUGCCUAGUGACAUGCGGAGCCGAGAUCAAUCGCGUUGAUAAUUUUGGUCGGACACCACUUUAUGCAGCUGCCAAUAACGGCCACGAAAAAGCUGUCGAUUGUCUAGUGAAACACCAAGCCGAAAUCAACCGCACUGAUGAUAAUGGCCGGACAGCGCUCCACUUAGCUUCCUGGCAAGGCCAUGAAAGAACUGUCCAAUGUCUUGUAAAACUUGGCGCCGAACUCAACCACGUUGACAAUUAUGCUUGGACACCGCUUUAUGCAGCUUCCAAAAUAGGCUCCAAAAAGAUUGUCGAUUUUUUAGUGAAAUCCGGAGCCGAAAUCAAUCUAACUGACAAUGAUGGUUGGACACCGCUUCAUGUAGCUUCCCGGAUGGGCCACCUCAAAACCGUCGAAUGCCUGUUGACAUCGGGAGCCGACAUCAAUCGCCCUAGUAAAAACGAUGAGACACCUCUUUACUUAGCUUCGUUCAACCUCCACGAAAAAGUUGUCAAAUGUCUAGUCAAACACGGAGGCGAUAUCAAUCGCACUAAUAAAGAUGGUCACACAUUGCUUCACGUGGCUUCCUUGAAGAGUCGUGAAAAAAUUGUCGAAUGUCUAGUGAAAUGUGGAGCCGAAAUCAAUCGCGUUGACAAUGACGGUUUGACACCGCUUCACUUAGCUUCUUGGAACGGUCACCACAAAAUUGUCGAAUAUUUAGUCAAAUGCGGAGCCGAAAUCAAUCGGGCUAAUGAUGAUGAUCGGACACCACUUCACCUAGCGUGCUUGAAUGGCCACGAAAUGGUUGUCGAAUGCCUAAUCAAAUAUAGAGCCGAAAUCAAUUUCAUUUCUAAAAAUGGUUUUACACCGCUUGAUAUCGCCAUUUUCAUGGAUCAUACUAAAACAGUAAACUUUUUAAAAGAAAAAUUCGCCAAAAAAACUGGAUCUUAUGACAUAGAUAACUGAACCUUCAUAGUGGUAAAAUUUUGUUUGGUUAUGAAUGGUAAAACGGUAAGUUUCUCUGGUCGUCCUCACCAACAAUUUGAUGACGUCAUUUCAUAAUAAAUUCUUUUAAAUUUUUAAAAAUUAACACACAUGGCUCAUGAAUCAAAUUUUGUAAUUUUUGCAAGAAACUGUUUUUUACUUCAAAAAGAAUGUUUAUUUCAUCAAUUUGAGGACAUGGUAAUACUGUACCUUUUUGGUUUUUGGACAAGAACAAAAAAGUUUUGAGUGGUGCACUAUUUCAAUGUGAGCAAAAUAUUUUCAGUGAAAUAAUAGGAGUUUUUGGCGUGUUGUUAAAUUUUCGAGCUAGUCAACAAUUGUGUGUUAUCGUAUGUGUAUCCAGAGAAUAUCUGAAGAUAACUUUUCCACACCUUUCAAAAUAAUAUUUUAUUUUACAUUUAUGAAAAAAUGGCAAUAGCUUCCCCAAUCUAGGUCUAUAAAAACUGGGUGGUAUAUAAUAUUAAUAAAUCA